CAUUUUGUGUGCGAUAGUUGCCAUGGUUUCCACGUAAUCUGUAACGCGCCGAUCAACAUCGGUGAUGCGGGUGAUGCCCUCAGUCGUGACUGCGCUCCUUCAGCUACCCCAGUUCGAAUAAAGCACGUGAAAUGUUCGCGAAAACUAUGCGGUGUGGCAAGCGCUCACUCUACGUUGAACCCCAUAAUUUUAUCGCGGGCAAGAAAGUUGCCACCAAGGAUCCCAUCGGGGAGAUCAAGGUACUGCAACCGGCGACAGGCAAAGUAUUGUGUCACGUAUCAUGUUCCGGACCAAAAGAUGUGGACAAAGCAGUUUCUGCAGCGAAACAGGCAUUUGAUCGGUGGUCAGCUCUCUCUCAUGGGGAGCGCGGAAAAUUUCUCACGGCCAUCGCAAAGAAAGUCAGGGAGAGGCAACAGGAAAUUGCAGAGGUUGAAAUGACUGACACAGGGAAGCCCAUAUGGGAAGCUCUGGUUGACAUUGACGGCUGUGCUGACGUACUUGAGUACUAUGGUGGCAUUGCUGCAUCAAUAAAAGGUCAGCAAUUCGAUCUGCCUGGUGGAAGCUUUGCCAUGGUGCGCCGGGAACCCCUCGGUGUUGUGGCGGCCAUUGGUGCGUGGAACUACCCGUUCCAGGUGAUGUCUUGGAAAAUGGCACCUGCACUCGUAUGCGGCAACACCUUUGUCUUCAAGCCAUCGCCCUUGACACCCCUGUCGGCCAUCCUGCUCGCCGAGAUAUGCCGUGACGUCGGUCUACCUGACAGCGUCGUAAACAUUGUUCAGGGCGAGGGUAAGACAGGCGAGCUGUUGUGCGAUCAUCCAGAUGUGGCCAAAGUGAGUUUCACGGGUAGCAUACCUACUGGACAAGCCAUCAUGCGCCGCUGUGCCGACUCCAUGAAGCGCUGCACCCUCGAGCUUGGGGGCAAGUCCCCGCUCAUUGUCUUUGCUGAUGCUUCUCCUGCUGAAGCUGUGAAGGCAACAUUGCUGGGAAACUUCCUCACCCAAGGGGAGGUUUGCAGCAAUUGCACCCGAGUCUUCGUAGAAAAACCAAUGGUAGAAGAGUUUCUGGAUCACCUGGUGAAGGCUACCAAGAAGCUCAAGAUUGGUGACCCCGCCGACCCAGAUACCACAGUCGGCGCCACCAUCAGUGCCGAGCAUGCGGCACGAGUUUUGUCCUACAUCGACGGUGCUAAAAAGGAGGGAGCACGUGUGCUGUGUGGAGGGGAGCGGGUGACUCCUGCCAACCCAGAACUCUCGGGGGGAUUCUACCUCAGCCCGUGCGUGCUGGCUGACUGCACCGACAGCAUGAAGGUCAUGCAAGAGGAAGUGUUUGGUGCAGUGGUGAGCGUCUCUGCAUUUGACACCGAGGAGGAAGCUCUGCGGCGAGCCAACAACAGUCCCUUCGGACUGGCUGCCGGUGUCAUGACUAAGUGA